AUUGAAAAUACAGACUACUCCAGCUCCGGAGGCAAAAAACCUCAGCAGCCACAAUUUUCUGUUCAACCAAGCGUUGCACAGAAACCUCUCACUCCCCACAAAGAAAUUUCACUGUCAAAAACCCUAAUUUUGGCAAAUGAAACCCAUUCACUGCAACUGAAAGAAAUAACAAACCCCACCUCCCCAGAAUGCCCUGCUCAGCCAUGUUUCAGGGCUAUAUCAGAACCAUGUCGCUCACACCCACCACCACCACCGCCACAGCCACCACUUGCAUGGUUUUCCGCAGCAAAACCCUCCAUUGCAAUAAUCUGAAGCAUUCCUUGUUGAGUUUUGUCAUGAGGCACAACAAGAAUUCCUUCCACACUCAAAGGUUAUGUAGGUUCUACUGCACAAAUGGUCACGUGGGUCUUGGGGGUUUCACGUGCUUAUCGUCUUCUUCUUCACGGACCGUUGAGGUUGAUUGGCGGCAGAGACAGAGGCAGAGGCUGAGACAGAGGAGUGUUGAUAAUAAUAUGCUUUUUUGGAAUCAUCAGCAGAGUUUGAAUUAUGGGAGGUAUGCUUAUCAGGACGUUUCUAGCAGCGAUGACUCGGAUAUGGAAAUUGGGUCUUCUCGGAGCCAACUGGGUGCUUCUACCCUUGAUAACAUUAAUGAAUGGGAAUGGAAGUUAACAAUGCUCCUUCGCAACAAAGAAGAGCAAGAGGUAGUGUCUAGGGAGAAAAAGGACAGACGAGAUUUUGACCAACUUUCAGCACUGGCAACGAGAAUGGGUUUGUAUAGCCGUCAAUAUGCUAAAGUAGUUGUCUUUAGUAAAGUACCCCUACCAAACUACAGGUCUGAUCUGGAUGAUAAGCGUCCACAGAGAGAGGUGAUCUUACCUUUUGGAUUACAACAAGAUGUAGAUUCUCAUCUUAAAAAGCAUCUUUCUCAAAAGCCAAAGAACAGGGAAGAUAAUUCCUUGUCAAGAUCAAGCAGUGAUCUAAGUACCGUUACUGAUGAGGGGCUUUACGAGCAGAAGGAGCCAUUCGUACAGAAUAGUGUUAUAAUGGAGAAAAUUCUACGGCGUAAAAGUUUGCAACUUCUCAAUCAGCAGCAAGAUUGGCAGGACUCAGUGGAAGGUCAAAAGAUGCUUGAAUUUCGUAGAAGUCUUCCUGCAUAUAAAGAGAGGGGUUCAUUGUUAAAAGCCAUAUCAGAAAACCAGGUUGUUGUUGUGUCAGGUGAAACUGGUUGUGGUAAAACUACACAGCUUCCUCAGUACAUUUUAGAAUCUGAGAUUGAAGCUGGUCGUGGAGCUGCAUGCAGUAUUAUUUGUACUCAACCUCGGCGAAUAUCCGCCAUGGCUGUUUCUGAAAGAGUUGCUGCUGAGCGGGGAGAAAAACUGGGGGAAUCUGUUGGUUACAAAGUUCGGCUGGAGGGAAUGAAAGGGAGGGACACUCGGCUUCUCUUUUGCACCACUGGCAUAUUGUUGAGGAGGCUACUUGUUGACAGAAACUUGAGAGGUGUUACACAUGUCAUUGUUGAUGAGAUUCAUGAACGUGGAAUGAAUGAAGAUUUUCUUCUCAUUGUCCUGAAAGAACUUCUUCCUCGUCGACCAGAAUUAAGGUUAAUUUUGAUGAGUGCAACCCUAAAUGCUGAGCUUUUCUCUUCUUAUUUUGGUGGUGCUCCAAUGAUGCAUAUUCCUGGUUUUACAUACCCUGUUAGAGCAUAUUUUCUUGAGAAUAUUCUGGAAAAGACUGGAUACCAGUUGACUCCAUAUAAUCAAAUUGAUGAUUAUGGUCAAGAAAAGUCAUGGAAAAUGCAAAAACAAGCUCAAGCUCUCAAAAAGAGAAAGAGUCAGAUUGCUUCUUCAGUUGAGGAUGCACUUGAAAAUGUAGACCUCAGAGAGUAUAGUGUAAGGACUCGGGAGUCUUUGUCCUGUUGGAAUCCUGACUCAAUUGGAUUUAACCUCAUUGAGCAUGUGCUUUGCCACAUAGUCAGAAAGGAAAGGCCUGGUGCUAUUUUGGUUUUUAUGACUGGCUGGGAUGACAUAAACUCUUUGAAGGAUCAGCUCCAAUCACAUCCUCUCUUAGGCGAUCCUAGCAGGGUCUUGCUGCUUGCAUGCCAUGGUUCCAUGCCCAGUUCUGAGCAGAGAUUAAUAUUCGAUAAGCCAGAGGAUGGAGUGCGGAAAAUAGUUCUUGCUACAAAUAUGGCUGAAACUAGCAUCACUAUCAAUGAUGUGGUUUUUGUGGUUGACUGUGGAAAGGCUAAAGAGACAUCAUAUGACGCACUAAAUAACACACCUUGUUUGCUUCCAUCAUGGAUCUCAAAGGCUGCUGCUCGGCAAAGAAGAGGAAGAGCUGGUCGUGUUCAACCUGGCGAGUGUUACCAUCUCUAUCCCAGAUGUGUAUAUGAUGCCUUUGCUGAUUAUCAACUGCCGGAGCUUCUGAGAACACCAUUACAGUCUUUAUGUUUACAAAUCAAAAGCUUACAACUUGGAAGUAUUUCAGAAUUCUUGUCUAGGGCCUUGCAACCACCAGAACCUCUCUCGGUUCAAAAUGCUGUAGAAUAUUUGAAGAUCAUUGGGGCUUUAGAUGAACACGAAAAUCUAACAAUACUAGGGCGCAACCUGUCAGUGCUUCCAGUUGAACCUAAACUUGGAAAAAUGCUCAUAUUAGGGGCUAUUUUCAACUGUUUUGAUCCAAUCAUGACUGUUGUUGCGGGAUUGAGUGUCAGAGAUCCAUUCCUUAUGCCUUUUGACAAGAAGGAUCUUGCAGAGUCAGCAAAAGCACAGUUCUCAGCCCGUGAUUACAGUGAUCACCUUGCAUUAGUCCGAGCUUAUGAGGGUUGGAAAGAUGCUGAAAGACAGCAAUCUGGUUAUGAAUACUGUUGGAGAAAUUUUCUAUCUUCACAAACUCUAAAAGCCAUCGACUCUCUUCGCAAGCAGUUCCUUUUUUUGAUCAAAGAUACUGGUCUGCUUGAGCACAAUACAGAAAACUACAAUAUGUGGAGUCAUGAUGAGCAUCUUAUCCGAGCAGUCAUCUGUGCGGGUUUGUAUCCUGGAAUGUGCUCUGUUGUGAACAAAGAAAAGUCCAUAACUUUGAAAACAAUGGAAGAUGGUCAAGUACUUCUAUAUUCUAAUUCUGUCAAUGCUGGGGUACCAAAAAUUCCAUAUCCAUGGCUAGUUUUCAAUGAAAAGGUGAAAGUGAAUUCAGUUUUCCUCCGAGAUUCAACUGGUGUAUCUGAUUCUGCGCUGCUCUUAUUUGGAGGGAAAAUUUCCAGGGGUGGACUAGAUGGACACCUAAAAAUGUUAGGAGGAUACUUGGAGUUUUUCAUGAAACCUUCACUGGCAGAGACAUAUAUUACUUUGAAGACGGAGCUUGAUGAACUGAUCCAGAAGAAGCUUUUGAAUCCCAAAUUGGAUGUACAAUCUCAGAUUGAGCUACUGUCUGCAGUAAGAUUGCUGGUCUCGGAGGACCAGUGUGAUGGUAGAUUUGUCUUUGGUCGCCAGGUGCCAGUACCAGUUAAAAAAGCAACAAAACAGACGCUUCCUGGCACUUUGAGAGUAAGUGAUAAAGGUGGGGACAGCAAUUCCAAAAGCCUGCUGCAAACGUUGCUUGCUAGAGCUGGACAUGCAGCGCCCACCUACAAGACAAAACAACUGAAAAACAACAUGUUCCGUGCCACAGUGAUCUUCAAUGGAUUAGACUUUGUAGGGAAGCCUUUUGGUAAUAAGAAACUUGCAGAAAAGGAUGCAGCUGCUGAGGCUCUUCUUUGGUUGAAGGGUGAGAGCCAUGCAUCUUCCACAGAUAUCGACCAUAUGUCAAUGCUUUUAAAGAAGAGUAAAAAGAAAACUCAGAAAAGCACCUCAUUUCACAGUUCCAAGUGGAGUUAAGCUGUUCGCAGAAAAUCUAGAAGAAUGAUAACAUAUAACUAAUGUUAUUUUCUUGAAGCCGGAACUCCUGGUCCAUGUUAUAAAGUUUGCUGAAUGGAAUUUGAGAGGUCAAUAUCACUGAUCAUGGAGUGACAUCUAGAACGGAAGCUACGUUUUGUGGAAUCCAUUACUGGUGCUGACCUUUUUCAAACCCUUAUUUUAGAAAGGGGUGAUAAAAUAUAGAAGGCAUUCUUUGCCGGCAAAAGAAUCCGUACUUUUGCAAAAUGUGGUUAUUUUUGCUAACAUUCUUUGGAGGCAGAAGAUGGAGAAUCAGCCUACUUUCAUUAUAGUUAUAGAAACACUAAUUUACCCUAUAUUUGUUGUAUGAUAGAUCAGAGGUCUAAUUGAUCCCAACAUGUUGCGGCAUAAGUUGUCUGCCUUACCUUCUGUAUAUACUAAUGUCUGGUGGAGGAAGGAUAAGCUAAAUGAAAAAGAGCUGGCUAGAAAUAAAUUAGAUCUUUAGAGACCAAAA